AUGGCCUCGGACAAUCUUGCGUUCAUCGGCCACGAAGCAAAGGCCGCCGAGGACUUCGGCGCGAAAGUGUUCAAUCCGGAAGGAUUGAUCGAACGCCUCCACGAUCGACGCACGCUAAAAACGCCGUACGAGAUCACGUGCAUGGCCGCCGCAAGUGAACUUGCCGUGAAGGGGCAUCUCGCUUCCCGCGAUGCUUUCUACGCCGGAGAAACGAGCGAGCUUGCGAUUCACCUCGCGUACCUGUCGGCCACCGAACUCGACGACCCGCAAACGCCGUACAAGAACAUCGUCGCGCUGAACGACGCCGCGGCGAUCCUGCACCACAUCCACUACCGUAAGGUCGACUCGUGUCGCUCGCUUCUAAUCGACGCCGGCGGCGCGCACCGUGGUUACUGCUCGGACAUCACCCGGACCUACGCCGCGAAGAGCGAGCCUGCCUUCGGGGCGUUGGUCGAACGCAUGGAUGUCCUCCAACAGAAGCUGCUCGAACGAAUCGAAGUCGGGAUGCCCUACGAGGCACUCCAUGAUGCAUCGCACGAGAUGAUGGGCGCGCUGGUCGUCGAGGCCGGUCUAUUUAAUGGAAGCGCCGAAGCGGCCGUCUCGACGGGCGUGACGCGAAAGCUCUUCCCGCACGGCCUCGGUCACUCCCUCGGCGUGCAAGUGCACGACGUCGGCAUGAAGAAGACCGCGCCGCGCGAAGACAAUCCGUACCUUCGAAACACCAGCACGAUCACGGCCGGUCAGGUGUUUACGGUCGAGCCGGGGCUGUACUUCAUCGACUCAUUCCUCGCGGACCUCAAAGCGAUGGACGCACCGAUGAAUUGGGACACGAUCGAAGCGCUCAAGCCGUGCGGCGGCAUUCGUAUCGAAGACAACAUCUUGGUCCUCGACAACGGCAUUCGAAACCUCACGCGCGAACAGCGCUGGUCGUAG